AUGGACUCCCAUCAGAGAACCGACUUUAAUCAGUUCAGCGUCGGUAGGAGGGGGAAUCAUCGUGAUAAGAAUAAAGGCAACGACCCAAAUCCAGCCGAUAUCGGUCUUCAAAACCCGAAAGCUUGCAUAGCCGCUUGUUUCAAGCAGUUUGUUAAUGGAUUAUAUGACGACCCUCGCGAGGAUCUCGAAGAUGUAUGCAACCAGCUCUCACAUGUUCGGCCUAAUACGGAGCUCUGGAAAUUGUAUUGCUGCGAUUCAACAUUCUGUGGUGUCUGGACGAGUGAGAAGGGGCAGAGUCCCAAUGUUGACUUGAUUAUUAAUAAAUGUCAGAAUAUUGGCAAUUACCUGAUCUACGAUCCAGGGCCACCUCUGCCUAACAAAUUCAACUGCAACUCAGCUGUAACUAAGCUUGGAGAGCCUGGUCUUCGAACAAUACUUCCAAGUAAUGAACUGUCGUCCAUCAUAACUACAAUAUCUAGCUCGUCGUCUAUAGCAGCAGCAGAGACUUCGUUAAGUUCAAAACUCAACUCGACUACGUCGAGUAUCGAUACGGUGCCAAGUACAUCGACAGGCCUUACGGAAGGGAGUAAGGCCGCGAUAGGCAUCUGCUCAAGCCUAGCGAUAAUAGCGAUUGUCUUCCUCGGAGGAUUCCUAGUAAGCCGACAUCGACAACGUCCUCAAAGCUUCUUAGACGACACCCCGAGUGCACCUCGUCUUGGCCGUUCGUCUUCUGAGCCACAGAGUGGCUCGCAUACACCCUUGAUUACGCCGCCACAUUCAGCAUCAUCAAAGGGCCCGCCAUUGACACCCCCGGCGCGCCUCAGUGAUCGUAGGUUCCUCCCGUCGCUUCUCAAACAAGGCGAUACGCCAAACUCCUCAUCGGUCUUCGGUGUAGAUGAAAGGGUAAUCGUACCUACUACUCUUAAAGGGAGCGCCGAAAAGAAAACUACACUGCCGCGUAAGGGCCACAUGAUCCCGAAUGCCGUUGCCGAACCUCCUGUCUCUCUAUCGCCUCCAGCAGCCAUACACUUCGCGCCUCAUUUCCUGCGUGACAGUAACAACUCGUACAGUAGCGGCCCUAUAGGAACCUGGACUCCUACAGGGCCUAACAAAGAUAGCUCGGUGCAUUAUGGUAUAACAAAUCCACCUAGAUUUAAUUCACACUCGCCGCCACUACCGUUCUCUCCUACUCGUCCUCUAAGGCCACAUGAUGAACCCAUAGAGAUUCCUCAUCUGGUCACCCCUGCUGGGCCACCACCAAGCCACGCGCUACCAGUACCGCCCCCGUACCACCCAACAUCGCCGACAUUCUCCGUGUCGCCUAUAUCAUCUCCAGGCUCGCCUAUGCUGCCCUCUCUCAAAUCACCGAGCUCUAUGAGAGACAAGAGUUACGUCUCCGAUAACAUUCAACAAGGAGAGGAAAACAAGAGACAACCAGACGCCUCCAAGAUUGGUAUCGCUUUGCCAGCGUCUUCACAGGACGUUGACGACAUGACACACCCGUAUGCAUACGAGACACCGGGGAGCUGGGAAGGUAAGAAAAGGGGACAUGGUGGUAAUGGAAAGUUACGGGACAGUAAUAUUGGCAGAUAUAAAAUGGAGGAAAAUGGAUCCACGGUAUCGCUGCAGGAGUUGAGCCCGGGGAAGUUAGGAAGCAAGCCCUGA